UUUGUACCUGAUUGUACAUUUGUAUGUAUGUUAUAAAGUUAUAAAUAUAAUAUAUGUAUAUAUAUAUAUAUAUAUAUAUAUAUAUAUGUGCACAAGAAACGAAAAUCUACAAGAAUGCAUUGAGUAUUCACUAUGUAUUUAUUUACGUUUAUUCCACAUUACUUUCAUAAAGUAUGCGCAUCCUGAAUAUACUUCAUAGACGUGCGAAUUAUUACGGCUGCUCAAAUAUGAAAUGCAUAUGCUUUUUAUCACGCUAAUUAAAUCGUCCACAGACAGCUGCAGUCUCCUAUAGAUUACGCUUUGUACAUUUUCGAUAAUGAACUAUGUAUAAACUGGAAAACAAUUAAUAAAGGAAAAAAUAUUCUCUCUUAUUCUUUUUGCAGAAAGAAAAGAUUGUAGGUUUUGAAGUGUUAAUGUAAAGAAGAGGAAGAGGAAACAGAAGAAGAGGAGGAGAAGAAGAAGGAGAGGAAGAAGGGAAGAAGAAGCAGAAGAAGAAGAAGAAAUAGUAUAUUAACUUAAUAAGGAAUAUAAUAUUUGGAUAGGAAAAAAAUGACUGCAACGUUCCUCCAUGUUCCAUCGUCUCAGAAAGCCAAUAAAACUUUUCUCGAUUUUGCAGAGCGUUUUUUUAACGUUCAUGUAGCAAAUUCUUCGUCUCCCAUAACGAAGACAGUUAGUGCCGUAAGAAGAAAGUCAACAAGCGAUAUCGUUGCGAUAAGGGAUAUGGUUAGGUAUACGAAACAGGCGACAAUUAGUACUUCUCUCAUCCACUUUAAGAGCGAACAAAUUAUUAAUCUAGCUUGCUCGGCGUUUAAGGAUAUCUGCAAAAUUGUGAGAGGGGAAACGAGACCGGACCAAGAGGAUUACAUUCUGCGCUCAAUUUUUGAACAAUGCUUCAAGUACGAUGAAUUAACGGAUGAAAUAUUCUGCCAAUUAGCUAGACAAACCAAUGGCUGUCCCAUUGAUGACUACCUAAUCAAAACGUGGGAUAUAUUCGCUAUAACGUCAUCUGUCCUUAGGCCUAGCGCUACCUUAUUAGAGUAUCUUAAAAACUACGUAUCAGCCGCCUGCAAAGCUCCUGGAAAGAUUGGAGAGUACGCAAAAAUAAUAAAAAGAUGUUUGGGGAAAGAAAGAAUUAGACCGAAAAGGACAAUAGGUCCGUCAACUCUUGAAGUAGAGUCAAUUAGAAAUUUGCAACCUCUCCUACUUAAAGUUCAUUUUUACGAUGGAAAGACGAAAGCUUUGGCUUUAGAUUAUACCGAUACGGUUCUAAAUACUAUUAAAAAAAUCCGCGAAAAGAUUAAUCUCAAGUCUCUAGAAGGCUGGGCGUUGUACGAGGAAAAAGUAAUCGAUCAUCAUCAGCGCCAUCUACAGGACGAUGAAUUCAUCACCGAAAUUGUUGGAGCUUGGCAACAACAAGGCAGUGCUGCAAGUUCUAAAACUGCAUCGCCAGUUUAUCAGUUAUCUUUAACAAACGCCUCUCAUCGAUUAAUAUUUGCAAAGAGGAUAAUAACUACAAUUCCGGACAUUGACUGUGAUCCAGUAGAAUUACAUUUUCUAUAUUCUCAAGCUGUUUAUCACACGGUUGAUGAUGACGAAUAUCAAUUACCAUCGUCCACAUGUAUCCAAUUAGCAGGACUUCAUGCUCAGGUUUUGCACGGGGACUACGAAGAAGAGAAUAUAUUUAGAUAUACGGAAGUUGAUUCUUUCCUCUGUAAAAGAGUUUUAGAUUCGGAGGCUAGGAAUUGGCCUUUGGAAAUUUCUCUUGCUCAUAAGAAAUUCGGCAAUGGAAAGAAAAAACACGAGGCGCAAAUACGUUACUUAAGCCUAGCAAGUCAAUUUCCUCUAUUUGGCUCUAAUCACUUUCUAGCUUAUUAUAAAGGUUAUUGGAUACUGGGAUUAGAGAUACUGAUAGCAGUUAAUAAAGAUGGAAUUAAAUUUAUAUCUCUCCAACAAACUGAAAUGUUCCAAGAUAUCGCUUAUAUGGAAUUGGAAAGCGUCAUAGGUGAUACAGAUAAUAGAACUAUAACGUUCCUACUAAAGAAUUGCGUGGCUGGUAAACAGAAGUGUUUUGUUUUCGAAUUAAAUGAAUUAAAAGGUGUUUGUCAAUUAAUUGAUACAUUUUUGCCUAAUCUCAUUGUAUGGGAGAAAAGCUUCCAGGAUAAUAAAUCAGAAUAUGAUUGGUUAAAAUUAAAUGAAGAGACAGAUCUCUGUAGAAAGAAAUUAGUACAAACUGGUACGGCUAGAUUAGUUAGGGAGAGUGGAAUCGGUUUUUUUAGAAGCGCAAUACGAAGAUUGAGUAGGAGAUCAUCUGAAAAAUUACCAACAAUGCAAGAUUCACCUAAGAAAGAUGAAUCACCUGUUAGAAAUUCCGAUUCGAACCAGAAUGAUAUAUUACCUACAAAACGAGAUUGUUGGACAUUUACUAAAAAUCCAUUACGUCAAAGCAUAACCAAAUUGGACGGUGAUUUGGAGGAGGAAGCACUUCAAAUUUUUACAUGGCUGCUAAUGUACUCUGGGAUAGAAUCUGCCUCCGCUUUAGAGGAUAACGAACCUUUUUCUCUUGUACAAAAAAUUCUUAGCGAAAUAAUGCAGAAUCAUCAUUUAUGCAAUGAAUUAUACCUGCAAUUAAUCAAACAAACAAUGACAAACAAUCCAGAGAGUUUCUCUAAAGUUUUGUCCAAAUUUUGGCAUUGUCUUAUAGCAUUAAUAUGUGUUAGAACACCUGCAAACGAUUUAAUUGAAGAAUAUUUACGUUUACACCUGCAAAGAUGCUCUAUUCAUAAGCAUUUGGAAGAAGGUCGUUUUGCUUCUUUCGCCAGCAUUUGCUUAAGUAGAACAAAACACAGUUAUAGGUUACGGAAAAAUGUGCCGUCUAAAGCUGAAUUAAAGGCAAUAGCUAGUAGAAAACAGAUGGAACUUCGGGUCUUCUUACAAGAUGGUCAUCAGUUGGUGUUCGGCUUCUUUUCCGAUGAAACAGUUGAUCAACUAAUAAGAAAGAUAACUAGUCGGACUGGAAUGAGACCGGAUGCUGAAGGGCUUGGUCUAUAUGCCAGCAUAGAGAGUAAUGGUUCAAGAGAGGAAAAAUACUUAUUGCCCAGCGAAAUAAUGGCCGAUAUGAUGUGCGAAUUUGAAGGUUGGAUGAAAACUAUACGAUCAUCUAGCGUCAGAUUAUCUUUGAAGAAGCGUAUUUUUAUUGAACCUUAUGCUAAUUUGGACGACCCAGUCGAAAUAGACAUGUUAUACCAUCAAUCGGUUACUGACGUUUUUGAAAAAAAAAUUCCAUUAACCCAGGAAGAUGCGAUAAGACUCUGCGCGCUACGAGCCCAAACGGAAUGCGGCGAUUAUCAACAUUUCUCAACCGGUUCUUAUAAUUCCGUUACUCGUAUUCUUCCUCGACCCAUCAGAGAUUUAAUAGAUGCUCAGGAUAUUGCUAAAUUGCAUAUGGAACUUGUUGGUUUAGGACCACAACAAGCGAACGAAGCAUUUCUAAGAGUUUUACAAGACUGGCCGCUAUACGGAGCGAAAUUAUUCGGAGUAAAGCAAACAACUUUAGAAGAUAUUCCAAAGAAACUCUGGUUUGGAGUUGGCCAGAUAGGUGUCCAUUUAAUGGAGCAAGAGGGUCAGGUAUUACAGAAGAAUUAAUUAUUCUUACAUCCUUUAGAUCUUAAAUACAUUACACGAUUGUAACGUCUUUUCAUAGAAAAUCUAUGCUACCUAUCCGUAUAAAUUUAUCCUGGCAAUAAAUUCAACAGAAAAAGAUGAAAUCACCUUCUCAGUCACAGUUGGUAGCAAAACGAAAUUAAUACUAAUUAUCACAACAGAAAAGGACGAAAUACUGCAAAUGAUUUCAAGUUAUAAGGAAACCUUAUUAACUAGAAAAUCAAGGUAGAAAGACAUCGUUAUUUUCCUUCUCUUUUUUUAUAUCAACAAUUUUUUUGCACUAAAAUAAUUUAUGCAAUGCACUUGAAUAAAUUGAUGAAGAUGAUUUU